ACGUCAAACCCGGCGAAUGCGCAUGCGCACUGACACAACGUGCCUAUGCUUCCCAGGAUUUAACAACAACUGAACGUACACUACAGUUGCUACUCAAGUACGGGGCUAGUCUGAGCUAUUCUGAUUUAUAUAACAAAGUAUACAAUAUUUAAAGCGUAACCGUUUUUGUUGAGGUAUUAAGCGUCCAUUGUAGAGUAGUUUGUUGUGUUUAUAUUCGAGGACUGAUUAUGGGGAUCAUAAAAUAACAGCAACUGCUCGUUGCAUCCGUAGAACUGGGUCAUAAAGUUGGUAUGUCCUCUCUGUGCUGGAUUUUUUGAUGGGGCUUUUAAGGUUAAAGAUGCCGCCGAAGUUUCAGCUCCUGGCUCUGUUGGCCUUCGCCAUUGCAAUGAUCUUUUUGGAAAACCAAAUUCAGAAGCUUGAGGAGUCACGGGGGAAGCUGGAACGAGCCAUUGCCAGACAUGAGGUACGAGAGAUUGAGCAACGGCACAUUCAAGAGGGGGCGAAGGAGGCCCUGGUGGAGGAGGACGAUUUGGUGGUCAUCUACAACCGAGUGCCCAAAACAGCCAGUACCUCCUUCACCAACAUCGCCUAUGACCUGUGCAACAAGAACAACUACCAUGUGCUGCACAUCAAUACCACCAAAAACAAUCCUGUCAUGUCCCUUCAGGAUCAGGUACGCUUUGUAAAGAAUGUGACAUUAUGGAAGGAGAUGAAGCCCGCAUUCUACCAUGGACAUGUUUCCUUCCUGGAUUUCACCAAAUUUGGAGUGAAGAAAAAGCCUGUUUACAUAAAUGUUAUCCGGGAUCCCAUUGAGCGUCUGGUGUCUUACUACUAUUUCUUACGCUUUGGUGAUGACUACAGACCCGGCCUACGACGCAGAAAGCAAGGAGACAAAAAGACAUUUGAUGAGUGUGUAGCUGCUGGAGGUUCUGACUGUGCUCCAGAGAAACUGUGGCUUCAGAUUCCCUUCUUCUGUGGUCAUUACUCUGAGUGCUGGAACAUUGGCAGCAAAUGGGCUUUGGAGCAAGCCAAAUACAACCUGGUGAAUGAAUAUAUGUUAGUUGGGGUGACAGAGGAGUUGGAAGACUUUGUUAUGAUGUUGGAGGCGGCACUUCCUCGCUUUUUUAAGGGGGCCACCGAGCUCUAUCGGACAGGGAAGAAAUCACACCUAAGGAAAACGAGUGAGAAGAAGCCACCCACCAAAGAGUCUAUAGCCAGACUGCAGCAGUCAGACAUCUGGAAAAUGGAGAAUGAGUUUUAUGAGUUUGCACUUGAGCAGUUCCAGUACGUUCGGGCUCAUGCAGUGAGAGAAAAAGAUGGAGAGCUGUACCUACUGGCACAGAACUUUUUCUACGAGAAAAUCUACCCAAAGACUACCUGAGACUCCAUAACGCUGUAUGCUGUGGUCAGAAACACUGGAGGAGGACACAUUACACUGAUAUGUGCAUUCUGCCUGACUCUUCUCCAUCUGGAUAUGUACAUUUCGAGCAGCUGAAACUAGUAUGUGCCACAGGGAAGAGUCUUGGGGGCAAUCAGCUGUCAUGAGCUUUAUCCUCCAAUACAUAUCAUUUCAGAGAAGGGUUAAAUGAUCUCAAAUGAGCAUUAAAAGUGACUGAGAUCUUGUUCAUGUCAUUAUUCAAGACAACCACCGCCUUUCUGCCAUAUGGGUUUUAUACAGGUGCUGUCACAUUUCUUUCUUUUAUUUUUAUUUAAUACAUUAAUGGUUAUUGUUUUGAUUUUGAUUUUUUUGACUGAUUGAUACUGUUUUGGGACUUUUUACAUCCUAUUUAAAGUGUAAAAAGAGUACAGAUGACUACUAAACAUUCUUGAAGUUCUUUAUCAAGCUGAGAAAGUAUAGUAUUUUUUUCAGUAUAGUAAAAUGAGUACUUUAUUUCUUGGACUUUUGCUGUUUAUGGAAUUUUUUGGGAAAUACACAGAUGUGAUGUGGAUGUAUACUUUGUUAACAUAUAUCUUGUCUUUGAUAUACCAGACUUUUUUUGUUUAAAAUGUAUCCACAAUUGCUGUUUGCCAUUUUUAAAUCAGAACCUUCUGCCUGCCCGUUCAUUUCUGCAGUUUUUCAGCUAUUUCAGAAAAUAUAUUUUUAUCUAAUAUGUAUGUAAAUACUGGUCAUUACAGUUACAGUUGGACCAAACAUUGAAAUGUGGGAGGAUAAAGAAUUUAAGAUAAAAACAAACGCAAACAUUUCUAUAUCUGCAUGUGGAUCAUUAUACCGUUACUGGUUCUUGGUAAGCAGCAUUUUUUUUUCUUUAAAAUUGAUUUUAUAUAUGAAUUAUCAUGCUUUUUUUUAUACAUAUUGUUCAAACAUACUUUAUUUCAAAGACUUGUCAAGCCUCUCAUGGAAACAUACCAUUAGUUUGCUGCUUUAUGAUUUAGAGAUCUUAGACUUUAAAUGAGUUCAUUGAAAGACUGUGCCUUUUUUUCCUAUGACACAAAGCUGUUUUUACAGCCAGUGUAAAUAUGACUUGACAUCUCAGCAUGUAAAAAGGUGAGGAAUUGUUUUACAAGGUGAAAUGUUGGUAUAGUUGUAUAGAUUGCCAUUAUCAUGUGGAAAUAGGCAACCAUCAUAUGAAAUUGUUUGCCUUGUUAAUGGUACUACAAGAGUGGAACUGAUGUCUUUUUGAAAAUGGAAAUUUGUCUCCUGAGUACAUUAUACAAUUUCAGUUUUUCUAUAUACAUGACCUUUAUUAACCACACAUUUGUGCAUGAAAUGGGUGCUGGAUUGCACAUUUGCCACUAAAAUCUCCAAGACAAAAUAUAAGGAGAACAGUAGGUCUUUGUUAUUUUCAUGUGCUGCUUCAAAAAAUAUAUAUAUUUUGGGGUUUUACAGUUUCUUUUGAAUGUUUUUAGAGAAUCAAAACCAAUCUGUACUGUAUAUGAAUCACUAGAGUACCUAUCAGUUUUACUAUCUUUCUUUCACAGUGCCACCAUGUGAGCCUGUAUUUGCUCUAUUCUUUGUUUUUUCAUUUUAAAUAAAUGAGACUCCAGGAGCUUUGCUCUUUUCUGCUGACAGUGCUGAGGUAGAUUUGAAAACAGAUUGAUUUUUGGAUAUGUCAGGCAUAAUAAAAAGAGCUUUUUUUCUUCA